AUGCUGACUGACUGGCCUGCAGUUGUAUCCUGCGUCUGUGGCCCUCAGUUCACUAGCCGGGAGUUCGCCAUAUUCCUGGAGCGUUGGGGAGUCCGCCACUACAAGUCAACAUCUCAUUACCCUCAGUCAAAUGGCCAUGCCGAGGCAGCUGUAAAAAACAUAAAGUACCUCAUUCUCAAGGUGGCCCCCUCAGGGAAUAUCGACUGCAAGGCAUUCGACAGGGGACUUCUUGAGCUCAGGAAUGCUCCAAACCACACAGUCCAUGCCAAAGCUUUUACGGAUGAAUGGCUGGCCAGAGCCGAGAGCUGUGACCGCCAAGCAGCUGCACAUGUCCAGGUCGCCAGGACUCACUACGAUGAACGAGCCCAACCACUUCGCCCUCUGAUGUUUGGCGCAGAGGUACAUAUCCAGCACCCUUGUACAAAAAGGUGGGACAAGUUGGAUACAGUUAUGGGUAUCGGCAAGUCACGGGACUACCAGAUCCGGUUACCAAGUGGCCGAGUCUGGUGGAGAAAUCGCCGUUUCCUCCGCCCAACGAUGUCACCUCUGGCCAGCUCUACUUCGGAGCCGGAGCAGCCUACCCCUGCAGCUGACAUACCUUCCCUCACCUCGCCUCGUCGCUCGGAGCGCCUGAAAGCUAGGGGAACCGCUCAAGACCUCUGA